UUUUCUUGUUUUAACUUUUUCGGAGACAUCGAAGCCCACUGCCACUCAGUCAAAAGCUUUUGCUCUCCUUUCAUUUUCACACCCCGUGAUUUUUAGUUUCUCAUUCUAUAAAAUCUUCACUCGUGUAAAGCGUUUCGUAGACAUCGAACCACAUCUUUAUCUCUAUCUCUGACUUAUGUGAAGCGUUUCUAUAUUCUCCAUUUUACCCACUUCUUUCUUACUCAAAAGUUCUUCAUUUUCUGCAAAAAAUGGUAGGUAUGGAACGAAUUUUUGUGUUACAGAUAAUUUAUUUUGCAUUGUUGGGACUAGUGGUUUUUGCAUGGGCAGAAGAUGGGUUAAUAAAUCCAUCCCAGCUGGAAAUAUUUGUUGAUGAACUCCCAGACAUGCCUAGAAUCAAGGGCUUCCAUACUGUAAAUGGUUUUCCAGUUCCCAAGUCUCUCCAGAUUGGCAUGUUUCACAAGAAAUGGAAAUUUCACAGAGAUCUUCCUCCAACUACAGUGUUUGCAUUUGGUUUAUCAAAGGAUACUGCAACAAUUCCUGGUCCUACAAUUGAAGCUCUUCAUGGAAUCGAGACUUAUAUAACAUGGAGAAAUUAUCUCCCCUCAAAGCAUAUAUUGCCCUGGGAUCCAACUAUUCCAACUGCCAUACCGUCCACCAAAAAGGGCAUUCCUACAGUGGUGCACCUCCACGGAGGCAUUGAUGAACCGGAGAGCGAUGGACUCUCAACCUCGUGGUUCACCGCCAAAUUCAAAGAGCGGGGACCCACUUGGACGAAGAAAAAGUAUCACUACCACAAUUUUCAGCAUCCAGGGACCCUGUGGUACCAUGAUCAUGCUAUGGGGCUGACUAGAGUCAACCUUUUGGCUGGCUUGUUGGGGGCCUACAUCAUCCGGGAUCCCAAUGUCGAGGCGCCACUUAGAUUGCCGUGUGAUGAAGAAUUUGAUCGUCCAUUGGUCGUAUUUGAUCGGAGCUUCCGCACUGAUGGUUCGAUUUACAUGAAUCCCACAGGAAAUAAUCCUUCAAUACAUCCACAGUGGCAGCCAGAGUAUUUUGGUGAUGCAAUCAUAGUCAAUGGGAAGGCGUGGCCCCACAUGAUCGUGCGACGGAGAAAAUACAGGUUCCGAAUAAUUAAUGCUAGCAAUGCAAGGUUUUUCAAAUUCUAUUUUGCCAGUGGUUUGGGAUUUAUCCACCUGGCGUCUGACUCAGCCUACAACGAAAAACCAGUAAUGGUCAACGACAUCCUUUUGGCUCCAUCGGAAAUUGCUGAUGUGGUCAUUGACUUCUCGAAGUCAAAGUCUGAUUCAGAUAUUUUGUCUAAUAAUGCAUCAUAUCCUUAUCCUUCUGGAGAUCCUGUCAAUGAAGCCAAUAGCAAAGUCAUGAAAUUCAUCAUAAAACCCCACCAUGAGUUGGACACAUCAAGAAUUCCAAGUAAAUUGAUCAAUUAUCCAUCCCCAAAUUUAUCUAGCGCGUCACUCACACGAUACAUUGCCAUGUAUGAGUACACGAGCAAGAUCGAUGAACCUACACAUUUGUACAUCAAUGGAAAAUCAUAUGAAGCACCAGUGACAGAGACACCAAAAGUAGGGGCCACAGAGAUUUGGAAUGUGAUCAAUCUAACGGAAGAUAAUCACCCGUUGCAUAUUCAUCUCGGACUUUUUGUGGCCUUGGAUCAAACAGAACUGGUGAACAUUGAUGAAUUUAAAGAAUGCAUGUCGAAGAACAACGAUGCUAUCAAGUGCCACGUUGGCAAGUAUGCACGUGGAAAGAAGAUAGAGGCACCGACCCACGAGAAGGGAUGGAAAAAUGUUUACAAGAUGACGCCUGGAUAUGUUACAAGAAUACUAGUAAGGUUUUCUUAUAUUCAUUCGAAUGAAUCAUAUCGGUUUGAUGCAACUGCAGAGCCUGGCUACGUAUAUCAUUGCCAUAUCUUAGAUCACGAGGACAAUGUGAUGAUGAGGCCAUUGAAAUUCAUCAAGUAGAGGUUUGAUGCCACCGUUGAAGAACAAGAAUGUAAUACAUGGACGACACCUUUAAAUAAGAUCGAGCAAGAAUGUGGCAAAAUUCUGCUAAAUUUAUAAUGCACUGUAAUCAAAAUGAGAUGUAUGGAGAUGAUCAAAUGUAAAGUUAGAGAAAUGAAAGGAAAUAUUUGUUUUUAAGGGUGAAAAAUGAAGAAUUGUUGCCUGGGGACUACAUUGAAAAACUCCAAAAGUUGAUUUGUACCGAGAAUUGAUGAUUGAAGAUUAUGUGGAUCAA